GUCCUGAGCGGAUAUUCCUGCAGAGCAGACCUGCCUCUGGCACAAACUGCUAACUGUUAAGUCUCAGCGCUCGCUGAUGCAGAAAAGUUAGGACUUUAUUUUCCUCAUGAUUCCCUUCGCCUCGAGUGCAGGGCCAGUGAGAACUUCUCUAAGAGAUCUUGUAAAUUCCUGGUUGAGGUCAUUGUUUAUGAGAGCUUACAGAGGUUUGGCUCAUGUCCUGUAGUUUUUCUUUCUUUUCUUUUUUUUCCUGCUCCCUCCGUCUUUUAAAAGCUGCGUCGCCUCCGCGCAUUUUUACCUCUCAGCCAAACCCACCGGACACGCUGCUGGUGCGCAGUGAAAGGCGCUCAUCUGUCCGCUCUGCAGAGGCCCCAGGAGUUAUCUGACCUCCACCAUGACCGACCGCUUCGACUGCUACUACUGCCGUGACAACCUGCACGGGAAGAAGUACGUGAAGAAGGAUGACAAGCACGUGUGCACCAAGUGCUUCGAGAAGCUCUGUGCCAACACCUGCGCAGAGUGCAGACGCCCCAUUGGUGCCGACGCCAAGGAGCUGCACCAUAAGAACCGCUACUGGCACGAGGACUGUUUCCGCUGUGCCAAGUGCUACAAGCCGCUGGCCAGUGAGCCGUUCAACGCUCGCGACGAUGGCAAGAUAAUGUGCGGCAAGUGUGGCUCCCGGGAGGAUGGAAACCGGUGCCAGGGCUGCUAUAAGGUGGUCAUGCCAGGAUCCCAGAACGUGGAGUACAAGAACAAGGUGUGGCAUGAGGAAUGCUUCACCUGCUUUGAGUGCAAGCAGCCAAUCCGCACACAGAGUUUCCUGACCAAGGGUGAGGACAUCUAUUGUGCUCCCUGCCAUGACAAGAAGUUUGCCAAGAAAUGCUUCCACUGCAAGCAGGCCAUCACCUCUGGAGGGAUCAGCUACCAGGACCAGCCCUGGCACUCCGAGUGUUUUGUGUGCAAGACCUGCCAUAAGCCUCUGGCAGGAGCUCGCUUCACUUCGCAUGAGAACAACGUUUACUGCGUGGACUGCUACAAGACUGAUGUGGCCAAGAAGUGCCACGGCUGCAAGAACCCGAUCACAGGGUUCGGCCAUGGCACCAAUGUGGUGAACUACGAGGGAUACUCCUGGCAUGAGUACUGCUUCAACUGCAAGAAGUGCUCCCUCUCACUGGCCAACAAGCGCUUCGUCAUCAAUGGAGAUCAUAUUUACUGCCCCGACUGCGCUAAGAAGCUGUAAAGUGCACAGUCAGCUGUGCCGAGGGUCAUUGCUUAAAGUGGAAUUCCACCAAAACUGGCUUUUACAGUUACUCUAAAAAAUAAAACAAAACAAAACGUAACCCACUUUGGGAUUUUUGCGGCAUUGAUACUGAAGUUCAACAUAAUAAAAUGUGAUUCUGAAUUAGCAUAAAAAAUACCAAUACUCAGUUUUGGUGAAACUCCUCUUUGCAAGGCUGACAGACUCAAGGUUACUUCAACUAAACAUGCACUAGCUUUCAUUUAUCUACACGUUACUGCAGCCUGUUUCAGUGUCCACAGCUGGAUACUAUCAUGGCAGCAGAAAUUCUUUUGUGGGAUUUUGAUUUGCACUAUUAGUCUAAUCUUAUCUAGGAUUCUGUGCAGCCUUUAUGGGACAAAAAAAGUCUCUUCAGUGCCUUACUGGAAUCUUUCAGAGAGUAAAAUGCUUUUUACAUGCCUGCUGCUGCUGCUGCUGCUGCUGCUCAUACAUACCAGCUUUGAUCAAUAAUCUGUUACAUCUCUGAGUGUUUGAAUGGAUUAUUAGAAUUUCAAAAAUGUUAAAGAGUGAAUUGAAAAUACAAAUGGAGAAUGAUGCUGAAUAUAAACUGCUCAUGUAUUUGAAACUUUAUGAGUGAAGCUCAAUGAAAAACAAGAAUAAAAAGGAAGAGAUGAA